UCCAAAAAGAUGGCGCUGCCCAUGGCCAGGCGUGCUGUGUUCUGCCGACUGAAAAGCGGAAACCGGGGGCUGGGGAGCCGGGCAGCCAAGAUACAGAUUGCUGAGCCUCGAGUGUUCUCUGGAAUCCAGCCCACUGGUGCCCCCCACCUGGGCAACUACUUGGGGGCGCUACAGAGCUGGGUGCAGCUUCAGGAGGGGUACAGCUCUGUCCUGUACAGCAUCGUGGACCUGCACUCUAUCACCGUGCCACAGGAUCCAGAAACCCUGCGACAGAGUAUUCUGAACAUGACCGCCUGCCUGCUGGCCUGCGGGAUUAACCCAGAUAGAAGCUGCAUCUUCCAGCAGUCUCAGGUUGCGGAACACGCAGAGCUUGGCUGGAUCCUGAACUGUCUGACCUCAAUGCCGCGGCUAAUGCAUCUACCUCAGUGGAAGAUCAAGAGCCAGAAGAACGAGGGGAGUGUGGGAUUGUUCACCUACCCUGUACUGCAAGCUGCAGAUAUCCUGCUUUACAAGUCUACUCAUGUCCCCGUGGGAGAUGACCAAGUCCAGCACUUGGAACUCACUCAAGAUACAGCUCGUAAAUUUAAUAACACAUAUGGAGAUUUCUUUCCCAUUCCAGUGGCUAUAAUGGGCACCUCCAAGAAGAUUCGUUCCCUCAGAGACCCCUCCAUUAAGAUGUCCAAGUCAGACCCUCAAAAACUGGCUACAGUGCGCCUGACUGACACCCCGGAGGACAUUGUGCUGAAGUUUCGGAAAGCUGUCACAGACUUCACCUCUGAAGUUACCUAUGACCCUGUACUCCGUCCUGGGGUCUCCAAUUUGGUCUCCAUACACUCUGCCAUGACCGGUCUAGGUACAGAGGAUAUCGUGCGUCAGAGUCGAGGGAUUGAAACCGCUCAGUACAAGUUGUUAGUGGCGGAGAUGGUUGUGGAGAAACUGACCCCAAUCCGGGAAGAAUUCCAGCGUCUGCAGGGGGACGUGGGGUACUUAAAGAAUGUGCUGAAUAGUGGUGCCCAGAAGGCUCGGGAACUUGCUUCUUCAGUUUAUGAUGAUGUGUGUAAAAUGGUCGGAUUUAGAUGAUACCUGCAGAGGAUAUCAGGCACUCUACUGAACUUCCCUGUUAUGAGAAGGAACCGAACUGAUGUCCUGAAAUGAACACUCCAGGCACGUUCUGUGUCAUAUUUGUGACAGUUUAUAAAAGUUCCAAUUUCAGUGAAAUCUGCAACAUAUGUUCAAUACAGGAUUAAUAUAACUGCUGACUUUAUGGGAUCAGAGAGAUCAAGGAAUCAGAACGCAGGAAGAAGAUGGACCGCCUUAAACCAUUGAUGACGUUUGGUGGGAUCAACCCGUUGGUGUUUUCACUUUAAUUUAUUUUCUUAUAAAAGCAUGUCAGAUUGAUUUUAACUCAUUUAUGACAAAUGACCCGUCAAGUCUGUCUCUCUUAAAAACCUCUGUCACAUCUAUUUGUGACUCCACACUGCUACCAUUCAGGCUGCAGCGGCUGCAAACCUUCCGGGGUUCUGGUCUCUGUGAACCUGUUAACGUGUUGCCCCACUGUCCCUGGGCUUUCUAACUUAUGGUGAGUUCUAAUUAGGAGACUCGUGUUAUCGUGGAAAUUACAUCAUGUGCUGUCCUGGGUUGCAUUUAUUUUGCUGCAGAAAAUUUAUUCCUUGAA